GAGAGAGAGGUAUGUAUACAUGACUCUGUAUCUAUUCUAGAGACAAAAGGGGAAGAAGCGAGAGAGAGGAAGUUCGCAGCUUUAUGUAUAAUUCAUGUAAAACGCCUUCAAUUUCUUGUGAACCUUUUUAGGGUUCUUGUUUUUAGUAAAAAUUAGAGAAUUUAUCGCUAUUUCCGGAGUUUAUUAGGGCUUUCUCAAUGAUACGCAUCAUCAUAUGUAUAACUGGAGUUCAAUUGGGAUAAUUCUACAAAUUCGUUGUUGAUUAUUGGGGUGUGCUCAUAAAUAAAAGUCCAAACUGGGUUUAUUUUCUCAUUGAUGUCAUUUAGGACUAGUUUUUUCUAUGAUGGGAGGAACUGGUGAAGCAGACCGCAAACGUCACUUCAGUUCAAUAUCAUCUCCUACCGCUGCUGCUGCUGCCAAGAAACAUCCUUUUGUGCCGCCUUCUGAGGAUAAAAAGCUUGAUACUGUGGUACUCAAAUUUCAAAAUCAAAAGCUUGUUCAGAAGUUAGAAUCACAAAAGGUUGAAUGUGUUGCUCUAGAGAACAAGUUCAGUCAGUUGAGGGAGAAACAAUUGCCUUACAACAAAACUUUAGCAGUAGUAGAUAAGUCUUGGGAAGAGCUUGUUGAUAAAGUAGAGUCUUGCUCUAUCCGCACAAAGUAUUUGUUGAAUCAUGAUCGUGAUGGUAAACAUCAUCCAGCUGCAGGAGAUAAUGCGUCACUACCUCCAGAGGAUGUCUUUCUGCAUCGACUUCUAGAAAAAGGUGCAACUGAGAGUAGCUCUGCAAAUAGCAUUCCAAGUCAGGUGCAAGAAUGCCGAGAGAUCUCUGGCAACAAAGUUCAGAACACUUUCCGCAAUAUUGUUCAUGCCAUUGAUUGUCUAUGGGGUUUGAAAGAUGGACUGUAUGCUGAAUCUAUAAAGCAACUUCCAGAAGGUUCAUGCAGGCCAAACUCAUCUAUCGAGUUAGAGAGGGAAGUGAAGAAUCUGAGAUUGGCAAUAGGUGAUAUGCAUUUGAAGCACAGAUCUUUGGCAAGGCAGAUGCAAUUCCACCGUGAUACUGAUGCCAAGAAUAAAUCCGAGCUCAGACAAUUGAGAGGGGAGCUGGAGUGUACCAUUGCGGAAUUGGAAGAAAGCAACAAGAACUUGGCUGCACUGAAAGCAGAGACGGAUGCUGCGAAAGGAGCAAUAUUUCCUGUACUUCUUGGAAACAAGCGUGUUGCUAAUGAUAGGGCGAGAGAAAAAGAAAAGGAUCUACAUGAUAUGGAGUCCUUAUUGAAGGAAUUACUGGAUCAAGCUUCUUCCAGACAACUAGAACUUAAGCGCUUACAUGAAGAACGAAUGGAAAUAUUGAAGCAAUUAUCCAGUUUACAGAAUACGUUAAAGAAUGUGAAGGGCAUUUUCUCCUCUGAAGCUUUUGUCUUGGUGAAAGAUCAGAUUGCUAAGGCAAGAGGAGAUAUAGUCCAGUAUCAAGCUCUAUUCGAGAAACUGCAGGUUGAGAAAGACAACCUUGGGUGGCGGGAAAAAGAAGUCAACGUGAAGAAUGAUAUUGGGGAUGUUUUGCGUCGAACUUCUGCUGUUGCCGACUCUAGAAUUAGUGAUCUGCAGAUGGAGAUACAGAAACAAAUUGAUGGAAGAAAGAUGAUCGAAGCUAAAUUGGAAGAAGCAUCAAGGGAACCUGGUAGGAAAGAAAUCAUCGCAAAGUUCAGAACCUUUGUGUCUUCUUUCCCAGAGGAUAUGGGAAGUAUGCAAACUCAACUGAGAAAACACAAAGAGGCUUCUUCCGAUGUUCACUCGCUGCGUGCUGAUGUCCAAUCUCUUUCUACCAUUCUGGAUAGGAAGACAAAAGAGUUGGAAGCAUUAUCUGGUAGAUCAGCCACCCAAUCUGCUGAAAUACAGAAACUUCGAGCAACUAUACAUGAUUUGGAGGAGAGCGAUUCAGAGUUGAAGGUCAUUUUGGACGUGCACAGGCGGGAAACCAUCUAUUCAAGGGAUUUUCUUGAGGCUAGGAACUCUGAGUAUAAGGCUUGGGCUCGUGUCCAGAGCCUGAAUUAUUCUCUUGAUGAGCAUAACUUGGAAACUCGAGUCAAGACAGCAAUUGAAGCUGAGGCAGCAUCUCAACAAAUGUUAGCUGCUGCAGAAGCUAAGAUUGCUGAUCUGAGGCAGAAAUUGGAAAGAUCGAGACGGGAAAAAUGUAGGCUCUCUGAUGUCCUGAAGUCAAAGCAUGAGGAAAAUGAGGCCUACCUUUCUGAGAUUGAGACUAUUGGCCAGGCAUACGAUGACAUCCAAACUCAAAAUCAACAGCUUUUGCAGCAAAUAACUGAGAGAGAUGACUAUAACAUUAAGCUUGUAUUGGAGGGAGUGCGUGCAAGGCAGCUGCAGGAUUCUCUUCUCCUGGAUGUACAAACUGUGGAACGGAAGAUUCAGCAGGGCAAUGCAUUGCUUAAUUUCUAUGAAACAAAAGCAGAAAGAAUUGAAGAUCAGAUGAAAUCGUGUUCAGAUCAAGUUCAGAAGCUGUCUGAAACUAGGGUUCAAAAGACAGUUGCCUUAGAAAAUACUCAAAGGAGACUGCAAGAUGUUAGGAGAACAUCCCAGCAGCUAACAGAGUCAUUGGAGGAAUCACAGAUUAAGGUUGACAGAAGUAGAGUCAGUCUCAUGGAUUUGCAGAUUGAGUUAGAAAAGGAGAGGUUUGACAAAAAGAGAGUUGAAGAGGAGUUAGAAGCUGCAAGGAGAAAGCAUUUACGUCUAAGGUCGCACUUGGAUGGGUCUUCGGUUGUGGAAAAGCUUCAGCAGGAGCUGAAAGAAUACAAGGAAAUACUCAAAUGCAGUGUAUGCCUUGACAGGCCAAAAGAGGUGAAGGCAAGAAUCGACAGUAUCAAGUCUUCAUGCAAAUUUGGUAUCAUUUUCUGUCUCCCCUUGAAAUGAAUUCAACUACAACAUAUCUACAUCUUAAGGAGUUACCGAAGUCAAUGUCUAGGAGGCAUUUUCUGAUGUUGGGUAUUUAUCUUCCUUUCCCCCUCAUCUUUCUAUCGCAUAAGCUAGAUUCCCCUUUUUCCUGAAUGAAUUCAACUGCAACAGAUUUAUGUCUGAAGGAGUUACAGAAAUCGAUGUUUAGGAGGCAGUUUUCUGGUGUUGGUUACUCAUUUUCAUUUCCUCAUCUUUUUAUUGCUCAAGCCGGAUCCUUUUUUCUUUUUGUUUUCUUUCUUGACCAUCAGAUUUUUGCUGUUUGUCAUCCAAAAUUCUCUACAGGAACAAGAACGCUGCUUUCAUUUUUCUAUUUAGGUUUUCUUUGUUUUUUAUAUUCUACUAUCUCCUAUGGAGCUAGAAGGGUGUCUCAUUCCUUGCCUUUCUCAUACUAAAAGAAGAUGAGAGAUAUUUUCAAAUCAAGUUGUGAUUUUCUUCUAGAUUCUGGUUGGUUCUUGGUUUU